GGAACGGCAAAAUGGCGCCAGAACCGGUGGCGGGUUGAUUCUGCUGGCCCUAUCCGGAGCCAGUGUACGGUCCCGGGCUUCUUGUCCCUUUCUGGACAUGGAGGAUGUGGAGGUGCGCUUCGCUCACCUCUUGCAGCCCAUCCGAGAUCUCACUAAGAACUGGGAGGUGGACGUAGCGGCACAGCUGGGCGAAUAUCUGGAGGAGCUGGACCAGAUCUGCAUUUCUUUUGAUGAAGGCAAAACCACUAUGAACUUCAUUGAGGCAGCACUGUUAAUCCAGGGCUCAGCUUGUGUCUACAGUAAAAAGGUGGAGUACCUCUACUCGCUGGUCUACCAGGCUCUUGAUUUUAUUUCUGGCAAGAGGCAAGCCAAGCAGCUCUCCUUAGCACAGGAAGAUGGGAACAACAGGGCUGUCAACUCAGGAACUCCCCAUGAAACAGAGGAUGAGUUGCUGUCACUGGAUGACUUCCCUGACUCCCGGGCUAAUGUGGAUCUGAAAAAUGACCAGACAUCCAGUGAGCUGCUUAUCAUACCCCUUGUGCCCAUGGCUCUGGUGGCCCCUGAUGAAAUGGAGAAGAACAGCAGCCCCUUGUAUAGCUGUCAGGGUGAGAUCUUGGCCAGCCGGAAGGAUUUCAGGAUGAACACAUGUACCCCCGACCCCAGAGGUUCCUUUAUGUUGGAUCCAGUGGGAAUGUGUCCUGUGGAGCCUGCAGAUCUGUCCCCCAUGCCAGGGAGCCAGAAAGAUGCUGAGGAUGCUGAGGGGCAGCUGAUGGAAGUCUCUGGGAAUGGGAAUCAUGUUUCCGUACUCAACAUCUCCCAAGAGCCAGAAGGCCCAAUGCUCAGCGGUGGUGAUGAGGAUGCAGAGGAUGCAGAGGAUGCAGCAGAGCCUCAGGAGGUUGCUCUAGAGCCUGCAGAGCCCAGGACCUCACAGCAGACUGCCACCUUGCCCAGGAGAUACAUGCUGCGGGAGCGACAAGGGAAGCCGGAGCCUGCCUCCCGGCUACAGGAGACCCCAGAUCCCUGGCAGAGCCUGGACCCUUUUGACUCCUUGGACUCUAAGGUCUUCCAGAAAGGUAAGCCCUUUUCUGUGCCGCCUGGUAUGGAGGAGCCUCCAGGACAUAAGCGCAAGAGGAAACGUGCCACCAAGCUGCAGGACUUCCACCAGUGGUACCUGGCUGCCUAUGCUGACCAUGCUGACAGCAGGAGGCCUCGGCGAAAGGGCCCAACCUUUGCUGACAUGGAAGUGCUGUACUGGCAACACGUAAGAGAACAGCUAGAGAGCCUUCAGAAGCUGCAGAGGCAGAAGAUGACCGAGAGAUGGCUGCCUGGGGCCAAGGAGGAUCUGUGGCCUGUAGAGGAGGAACGCUUGGAAGAAUCCCUAGAAGACCUUGGGGAAGCCGCAGAUGACUUUCUAGAGCCUGAGGAGUAUGCAGAGCAGGAGGAGGUGAUGCCUGGGGAAGCUGCUGACCUAGAUGCAGAGGCUAUGCCAGAGUCCCUGAGAUAUGAAGAACUGGUCCGAAGAAAUGUGGAACUCUUCAUCGCCACCUCCCAGAAGUUUGUCCAGGAGACAGAGCUUAGCCAGCGCAUCAGGGACUGGGAAGAUACUAUCCAGCCCCUGCUCCAGGAGCAGGAGCAGCACGUGCCCUUUGAUAUCCACACCUAUGGGGACCAGUUGGUUUCACGGUUCCCCCGGCUCAAUGAGUGGUGUCCCUUUGCGGAGCUUGUAGCUGGGCAGCCUGCUUUUGAGGUGUGCCGCUCCAUGCUGGCCUCCUUACAGCUGGCUAAUGACUAUACGGUGGAGAUCACCCAGCAGCCAGGCCUGGAGGCAGCUGUGGAUACCAUGUCUCUGAGACUGCUCACACACCAGCGAGCCCAUACACGCUUCCAGACCUAUGCUGCCCCCUCCAUGGUCCAGCCUUGAGUGGAGAGCACUGAGGCGCAGGGGUGGAAGGGCCUAGGUAGGAUGUUCAGGGCAGGAUGCUUUGGAAGGCAGCUAUGUGCUGACGUACACUGUCUACAAUCUGCUCUGCUGACCGGCUUCGACCAUAGUAGUCCGUGAAAAGACCGUCUGGGUUGAGCAAGUAAAUAGCAAUGGAGUGGUCCACAAUAUAGUCCUGGUCCUCAUCCUUGGGGCCAGCACUGUAGUAUACACGGUAGUUGCGACUAGCUUGGGCCACUUGUUCUUUCGAACCAGUCAGACCCAGCAGUCUUGGGUGGAAGUCCUUCACAUACCGGGCCAUGGCUGCCACAUCAUCCCGUUCUGGGUCCACAGUGAUGAAGACAGGCUGCACCAGGGGCAGGUCAGGCUCUGCCUCCAGCUUCUGGACCACCUGGACCAGUUUUUCCAGCUCAUCAGGGCAGAUAUCAGGGCAGUGAGUGAAGCCAAAGUACAUCAGUACCCACUGGCCUCGAAAGUCGGCUUUACAUCGCGGCUGGCCUUUGUGGUCCAGUAGGCUGAAGUCACCCUGGCCCACAGCAGCCUGGCGCAGGGCCUCUGUCCGUUGCUGUUGGUGCCUCUGUUCCUUCUCAGCUCUUGCUGCCAGCCAGGCCCAGCCCAGCCCAGCUCCAAACACAGCAGUGAUCAGCAGCCUGGUUCUUAGCCCAGGGCCUUUGGGCUGGCCCUGCCCUGACCAGUGUCGGGACUUUACAUACAGAGUUUCGCCUCCUGGGAUCCGGAGAAGGACUCGAGGUUUGAACUGAGAGAGCCUGGACCAGGCUUUGGGCCCUAGAGCCUGUAGCACCAUGGACCUGAAGCUCCUGAAAAAGAACAGAGAUGCCAGCAGUUGGAAAAGAACAGACAAGGUGCCUGGGCCCCCACUGCUGGAGAAACUUGUCACCCCAUAUCCACGCAGGUUAGCUGCCUGUCGGGGCUCAUCUGAACUGCUUGAGCUUAGGCAACGCCAAUUGUCCAUAGCUGGUUCGCUCCUAGUUCUUUAACUAGGGAGCCUCAGCCUCAUUACCGCAAUCUGUCCAUAAUCUGCCCCUCAACCACCAGGCUUCCUUCAUUACUGCAAUCUGUCCAUAAAAUGCCCCGCAACCACCAGACUUCCUUCUGGAUGCCUAGAAGCAUUCAGAACAUGCUUUGCCUGGGCACCAGAACACGCGUCUAUUUACAAUAAAUUUUUUUUAAAGGAA